AUGCAGCACUAUGGGGUGAAUGGCUACUCCCUACAUGCUAUGAACUCACUCAGCGCCAUGUACAACCUGCAUCAGCAGGCAGCCCAGCAGGCCCAGCAUGCCCCCGACUACAGGCCAUCAGUACAUGCGCUUACAUUGGCUGAGCGCCUAGCCGGCUGUACAUUUCAAGACAUCAUCUUGGAGGCCCGCUAUGGCUCCCAGCACCGUAAACAACGUCGUAGUCGCACAGCAUUCACCGCCCAGCAGCUUGAGGCCCUGGAAAAGACCUUCCAGAAGACUCAUUACCCAGAUGUGGUGAUGCGUGAGAGGCUGGCCAUGUGUACCAAUCUUCCUGAGGCCCGUGUGCAGGUAUGGUUUAAGAACCGCAGGGCCAAGUUCCGAAAAAAGCAGCGCAGCCUGCAGAAAGAACAGCUCCAGAAGCAGAAGGAGGCUGAGGGUUCCCACGGAGAAGGCAAGAUGGAGGCCCCGGCCUCAGACUCACAGCUGGAAGCAGAACAGCCUCCCAGUCUGCCCAGUGGUGAUCCUCCUGCUGAACUUCAACUGAGCCUGUCCGAGCAGUCAGCUAGUGAGUCUGCCCCAGAAGAUCAGCUAGACCGUGAGGAGGACUCCCGGGCGGAGGAGCCCAAAGCUGAAAAGAGCCCUGGAUGUGAGAGCAAGGUGCUGGGCUGCAAGAGGGGCAGCCCUAAGGCAGAUUCCCCAGGCAGCCUGGCCUUAACGCCUGCAGCCCCAGGGGGCGGCCUCCUUGGUCCUUCCCACUCCUACUCCUCGUCCCCACUCAGCCUCUUCCGUCUACAGGAGCAGUUCCGCCAGCACAUGGCGGCCACCAACAACCUGGUGCACUACUCAUCUUUUGAAGUGGGCGGUCCCGCACCUGCUGCAGCUGCAGCUGCUGCGGUGCCCUACCUAGGGGUCAACAUGGCUCCACUGAGCUCCUUACACUGCCAGUCCUAUUACCAAUCCCUGUCAGCAGCUGCUGCUGCCCACCAGGGUGUGUGGGGGUCCCCAUUGCUGCCGGCGCCCCCGACAGGCCUGGCACCUGCCUCAGCUGCCCUGAACAGUAAAACCACGAGCAUUGAAAACCUUCGCCUCCGGGCCAAGCAGCACGCUGCCUCCCUGGGACUGGAUACACUCCCCAAUUGA